CGCUUUUUAGCUUGGGAAUGUGUUUUCAACAUGAACAUACCGUGUGUGUGUCAUGUCAUGACUAAUGAAAUUGUUUGACAGUAACUGAAAAAGGGCUAGUUGAAAAAGCGGAUGAAAACAGAGUUUAGAAUUGCGACGGUGGAGUGUGAUUUGUGAAUAUUGUGAUAAGACUUGUUGUCGUUACAUAGAGGGUAGUUUUCUCUUCUAGAACGAGCUAUAUAAGUAAAUUUUCCCUAGCUGAUUCUGUUCCUGUGUCAGUGUCCUGUGACGAAAAUGUCGCUAGAUGAUUUGAGUGAUUCGGAACUGCGAAACAAACUCGUCGAGCAUGGCUUUCCUGCCGGCCCUGUCACGCAAUCUACAAGAAAAAUUCUUGUUAAAAAGCUGAAGAAUCUCCUUGAAACAAAAGGGGGUAGUGCCUCCAGACACUCAUUGGCAGCAAGGUACAGCAGUGAUGAAACAGAUGAAGAUGCCACAGGGACUUCAAGUAAAAAGAAGAAGGCCAGUGCAGCCUCUCGGCGGCAAACUUUGGCAAAUCCAAUGCCUCCGCCUUCGUCGACGUCUGUUGUUUCCAGUAUAUCGAGUACAUCAAAGUCACCAACGAAAAAAAGAUCUUCCAUGCGAAGUUCCGAAACUGUUGACUCGGAAUUCAGUUCUCCUGCUCCACCCUCUAUGAAUAGAACAUUUGAAAAAACGGAACAGACCAAAUUUACAAAAACUUACAAAUUUGCCUUGGCGAAUGAUGGAUUGGAGACAGGUUCCGACUCGGACAUGCCUGAAGAAUUGGAGAGAACUUUCCAGUCUCCGAAGUUUGGUGUUACCUCAAAGUCGUAUGACUCAAGAGCUCAGAAUCAAAGUCUUUCGGAACUUGGACAGACCUCAAAGCCCUACGAAAGUAAAUCAAAGUCCGUGUACAUAACAAAUGAUGAAAAUUUUUCAUCAUCUCAGUAUAAUAGCAUACCAUCUGCGCCAGUCACACCAAGUAGAGGAGAUACUGGGAAAGAGUAUGGAAACCAGGACGAUAUUCUUGCCAAUUAUGAUACACCGUUUUUGUCAGAUUUUACGAGAAGGCUCAGUUCAAGAACUUCUAUGUAUGUUCCUCAAAUUUCCAAACCCACUCCUAAAAGUCCGGUUUAUCGUCAGGUUUCGGGACUGUCGUCGGAACUUAAAGGAUUUGACACAAACGGCCAUUAUUCUACCUCGCGAUCUUCGUAUCCAUCGAAUUCAACCACCAGAUACAUCACAUCUACGAUUGAAAGAUCCAGAGACUUUCUUAAUAGGAUGCUAAAGCCAUCAACAAAAACAAAGGAUGAUAUCAAAAACCACCAGAACAUGGUCUCAAUGAUUCUGGUGAUAGUAGUGUCAGUAUUCUUUGGAAUAUUGGCAGCAGUUUACCUGGGCCUCGGAAGAAAAGUGGAAAAUGUACCAUCGCUUCCUGCUAGUAGGUAUUAAUGCAUAACAUGUAUGCAUUAUAAAAUGACAAGAUUGAACGAACUUCCGUCGAAUCUCUUACAGUGGCAUUUUAUUGCUCUAAAUAGGAAUGACAAUUAAAUUUUUUUAUGAUCUACAAUGAUCUAUUAUUUUUUACAAAGUGCAUACAAUCUCAGGCUUCAAUUCAAUUAAAAUACUGAUUGUUAAAUCUUUUUUUUUCGGUAAAUUAUAAUUUAUAAAACGUAAAAAUUAAAUUAAAUGUAUCAGUAAAAUAUUAUAUAAUUCUUAUCUCUAAAGUCUAAACUAAUUGUAACUAACGAUUUUUCAAAAGCGUCCUAACUAUUAUGAGGACUUGAAAAUCAAAAAUAAUUAUGAAGAAGAUUUCUUUUCAAGAAUAACAUUAUUUUUUAGAUCUUUUGGGAUUGUCAUUUCGUUUAUCUCCUUAUUUUCGGGUUUCAUUAACAAUACACUCUAACAUUAUUUAUGAUAAUUUUCUUAUCAAAUUUUUCAUCAUUGAACUCGAAGAGUGACAACUACUUAUUUCGAAGCAAAUGGCAGUAAUAACGCAGUAAAUCAUUUAUAGAAAUAAUCAUUUUCAAACCCUUUCCUCUAAUUGAAUGAUGUGAAAUUGUUCAUGAUUUGCAAUUAUUGACAAAAGUAUACAUUGUAUUUUAUUUGAAUAUAGAAUUCUGCGAAUCUGAUUCAGUACAAACAAAAUACAGGUGUUUAAAUUAUUGUUAUGAACUUUGAAAUAUUUAUGAGUGCAUUAGAAAAGUAAAAUAAGUGCCUAAUUGAGUAUUUUAAUGCUGAUUGAUCAUCCUUUUGCUAAUGCUAGUAGUAUAAUUUCUAAUAAUUUUAAAAGUAGUAUCUAAUAAUAAUAACAAGUUUCAUUUCAUAAAUGAUUCAUAUUUGUACGUUAGUGACAAAAAAAUUGCACCUUCCAUUUCCAGAUUAGUUAGCGAUAAAUACUAGUGGACUGAUCAAGCUUUUAGAGAUAUAUUUUUACUGAGAUUAAUUUCUUAUUUUUGUGAGAACUGAAAUGAACAAUUGUCAACUGUUUUCAAACUUCGAAAGAUGUAUUUUUCUUAUAUGAAUAAUAAAGAUCAUUUAUUGGGUU